AUUUAUUUGUUAGAAGAUCCUCAUAGAUACGCUACAACAUCUAGGGUACGUCCCAGCUCUUCUAUAGAGACUUUCACUGUUGAAAAAGAGGCCAAAAAUAGUUCCUUGUACAGAGCACGUUCCAGUUCUAUUUUAGAGACCAGCAAGAAAAGUUCAUCGCUGAAACGCAAUGCUACAGCUGCUAAAGCGGAAGCAACGAAGAAGCUGAUGAAGGCGGCAGAGCGCGGGGACAUCCAGACGGCAGUGGCGGCCAUAGCGGAAGGAGCGAACGUAGACCAGAAAGACAGCGUGCGGAGGACGCCACUGCACCUUGCGGUGGUGGGUGGCCAUGAGGAGUUAGUGCGGCGGCUGCUGGAGGCGGGGGCCGACAAAGACAAGAGGGACAGCAUGGGGCGCACCCCGCUGCACUACACGGCCCUCAGGGGGCGGGUCGGCUGCGCCCAGCUGCUGAUCGACGCAGGCGCAGAUCCCAACCCCAGGGACUCCAGCGGCCUCACCCCAACCGCGCUGGCCUCCAUGAAGCACCACAGCGGCGUGGCCACUAUCCUCAAGAGGAAGGGUGGCCAGGACUGCUCCAUCUCUUGACGGCUGCUACGAGUUGAGCAGGAUCAGGACACUUACAGACUGAAAAUAGUCGAAUUAUUAACCUAUAUCAGAAACCUAUUGGAUAUCUUCGUGAUAUGUAAUGUACUAUAAAUAAAACAUGUACCCGUAAUUAGUGAACUAAGAUCAUAAGCAUGAAUUGUUCACUGAGAUUACU